AUGACGCGCUCAGGAGAAUACAUGCAGCACGUUGUUCGCCCCGGUGAUUGGAGUCUGGCAGGCUUCAUAACUUGUCUGGUCUUGAUUCUGGUCGAUAUCUACUUGGUUCGCCAUCAGAAUUCAAGUCGAGACCGCUUCGCCAGUUUCACCUCGGAUCCUCAAACAUCCCGAAGAAUCUUUGCUGCCGCAUACAUGAUCGCUGCCAUAUUCUCUGCAACUGUUGUCAUGAUCUAUCAGGAUGUGUACUUUACCAAUAUUCAUAAGUCCGGUCUGCGUAAUGCCAGAGUUAUGCCUCAUUCAAAAUAUCCUUGGCUCUACGAGGAAUAUUUGGAUCGUAUGCCGCAGGUGUUCCAGAUGAUGCAUCUUCGAGCUUGGGCUGGCGAAGCUGCUACCCCCAAGCCAGAAUGGGGGUAUUUUCUGUGGUGGUCGCAGCAAUACUUUGGUGGCUUGAUCAGCUUUGCCUUCUUCCUUCUGACCCAGUCUCACGUUCGUCGGUUGAAGACGAUCACCAUGCUUGCAUUCGUCUGGGUAGCAAUGACGAGCCUUAGCUGUGCACAUUGCUUGUUAUUCGGGUUCAUACUUCUCACGCCUCCAUCAAGAGGUAGUAGCUGGUUUGACAUCGAAUGGCUACACAUGCUUGUCGGAGUCGUGUCGCUGGCGCACCACGUUUUCGCCAGGAUGAUGAUGUACACUCUCAACAGUCCGUUGUUUCAAAGAUCGUUGUUGUUCACCUCUAUCUUUCCAAUGAUGCUUCCACUCAUCUCAUGGAUAUUACCCAAGGUGAACAAUCAUCAUCGCCGACUUAUCAGCAUCUCGGAAGCGCAAACGAAGGUUUUCGCUACGACUGGUAUCUUGUCUAUGUUGCUCCAUGCCUGGUCAACCUACCUUGUCUUCUUUAGGACCGUUGUCGCAAAUCCUGCCAACCGUUCCCACCGACUGUAUCUCAACCAGUCUGACGUCCGCGACCAUUUCAUGAAACUCAGUCUGCUGGAUUUCUUGAAUCACGACCCUGCUCUGACAGCCAUGUCUUUGGAUGUUGUCCUUAGUCUGGUCUUCCUUCUGAGCUGGAUUGUAGUGAGUUUGGCAAGCCUGUGGGGUAUCAUCAAAUGCUCAAUCAAUCCAUUCCUUGAGACUGGACAAAGGACGGUAUGGGACAAUAGGCACGAUCUAGGGGCAGCAUUGUUGAAUGGGCGAAAUCGCGAUAGAGCGGCCAUCAUGUCGACUGAGCCGCCUCCGAGGAAGAUGUUGAUUGUACUGGCAUUGUGGGCCCUUGGUGGACUUGGGUUUGCGGCACCUGCAGUUCUAGGCUGCGGUCCUACCAUGAUGGAUAUUUGA